AUGAUUACCGCAGGAUUAUUCGUCUCUUCAGGGAGGAAGAGGUGCCCCAUCACACUUUUCCCUCUACCCUCGGAGAGGAACAUUCAUGCUGUAAUCAGAGGAGUACAUGCGAAACUUUCGGAAAUUGAGAUCAAGGAAGAGUUGCAACAGAGGGGAUAUUCCCCCCUGCACAUAAUUCGCCUGAAACGCGGUGGCGGCGUGCCCAUGCCUUUGGUGGUAGUCAUACUGCCCAAGAUAGAAAAAUCUCAGCAGCUGUUCAACGAACACGAGCUGCUAGGUUUGGCUAUCCGAGUCGAAGUUCAAAAGAACUCAAGACUCAUCGGGCAGUGUCACCGCUGCCAAAAAUAUGGGCAUGCGCAAUCUUAA